UGCAACGAUUCAAAAUUGUUCGCUUUCGCCUUUGUCGAUUACGUAUGUCGACUGUAGCUGUCAAAUUGGCAGUUCGUAAAAAAAAUGAACAACAAAAGACAAAUGUCACAAUAAAAGAUUGGAAAAAUAAAUAGAAUAAGGUAGAUUGGCCAACUUUACAUUGCACAAAUGUAGUUAGUGUAUUUAGUGUGUUAAACGUGGUGCAGAAUGCCUGGAAAAGUGAAGGUGAAGGUGCUUGCGGGCAGGAAUCUGCCCGUAAUGGACCGUAGCAGCGAUACGACGGAUGCUUUCGUGGAAAUCAAGCUCGGUAACGUGACGUACAAAACGGAUGUUUGUAGGAAAACGUUGAACCCGCACUGGAACUCGGAAUGGUACACGUUUGAGGUGGAAGAUGCAGAGCUGCAGGAUGAACCGCUUCAGGUCCGGCUGAUGGAUUACGAUACCUAUACGGCAAAUGAUGCGAUUGGCAAAGUGUACAUUAAUCUCAGUCCGCUUUCGCACUCUACGAGCAAAUCCAGGACAGGCAAAGGUUCUCUUAUGUCUGGUUGGCUACCGGUGUACGACACAAUCCAUGGUGUACGCGGGGAAAUCCACGUUAUUGUAAAAGUAGAUUUGUUCACAGACUUUAACAAGUUUCGCCAAAGCUCUUGUGGCGUGUUGUUCUUCCACUCAUCCAAUAUACCGUAUGGCUACAGCAUCGCUAUGUACCACGGAUUCGUAGAGGAGCUAGUUGUUAAUGAUGAUCCCGAGUAUCAGUGGAUUGAUAAAAUUCGUACACCACGUGCUUCGAACGAAGCUCGUCAGCUAGCAUUUAUGAAGCUAUCGGCACAGGUUCAACGAAAAAUUGGAAUAAAAGCAAUGGAAAUGGGUGCCAACGCUGUGAUCGGUUAUAUGCAAUGUUACGAUUUGGAGGGCGAUGUAGGCGUAGUGGCACGUGGCAUUGGCACUGCCGUUUCGUUGACAAAGAUAAAUGAAUCUUUUUCACAGCCCAUUGGCGAAGAAAUUCUAGUGGAAGAGCAUAAACUGUCGGGAAGUUCAGACUUUGGUGAUGCUCCUCGAAGAACGAUAGUGAUUGGUGGCGAAGGGAAUAACCACGCGUCUGGCAACAGUCCAACGAAAUUAGGCACGCCGAUCGUAAAUGCCUUGCUAACGAAAGAUUCUGCCUGUGUGCCAAUAUGUAGACGAUCUUCCGAUUCUGAUCUUAGUAUCACACCCAAAGGCAGUUCAUGUCCGCUUGAUAAGAGCAUAGGCAUUGUACGGAACUAUGGAGCAAACAAUGGCAAUACGAAGUCUAUCAUGAUAAUGAACUAUGACAUGUUGGAAAUGUUAGAAUAUCCUUUUUUCACCAUGACUAAAUAUCCGGCCGGAAUCAUACGUUACAUAGGCGCUACCGUGACCGCACGAUCCGUAAAACUAUUGGAGCGUGUACCGAAUCCUAACGAGCCGGAAACGCGUGACAGUUGGUGGAAUGAGAUUCGGACGGAGGUCCGAUCGCAUGCACGUUCAUUGGGUUGUAAUGUUAUCCUCGGUUACGUCGAACAAACCACGAUCGAUGACGACAUCUGCGUACUUUCGGCCACCGGUACUGCGGCAGUUAUCAAUCUACAGUUCGGCAGCGAUAUGUGGAUGGCUGACGCAUCGCUGAAUGCUUCCGGAGAAGGAGGAGCUGAGACCGCAGGGAAAGAGCAUAUGACAUCUUCACUCGAUCGGCAAGACUUUGAUCGUGAAUGCAGCGGAUCGAGAGAACAGACCCCGAAUACGGUAGAAGGAGAAGCUAUUUACGAUGGAAUAACCGGAUUGGGCAAUAAGUGUACGAUAUGCCAUGUGCCGUACUCUCUUGGAUCGGUGAACUUUCGUAUCAAUGCAGUAAAAUGUUCCAUGUGCAAAAAUGGCAUUGUACCGGAUGUGUUGAUCACUACCAUCGAAAUCCCGGACGGUGUACCAGUGUCUGGGCGCGGAAGUCUUAUACAAGCUCAAACAAUUCGCUUAAAACGGGACCUGAAGGGUGAGGCAAACGGGAAGGAAAUAUCGGACGCGUUGCCGUUCCUUGAGUACGAACUGCAUAAGCUGCUGGUGAACAAGCUAAAAAUUAAGGGAAUGAACGCUAUUUUUGGUUUGCGAUCAAACAUAACCAUUGGAGAGAAAACGAUAGCACUGAUCGCGACCGGUACGGCCGUUUUUCUCACAGCCCUACCGAAACCUUUGCUUCCACAAAUUGUUGAUAGUAGUUCGUUUCCGGACGAACGUAAGAUUCAGGUAUUGCAAACAUUGGUACAAGACAUCGUAGAGCAGAACAUACAAGCGUACCAGCUGCAGUGCGUGUACGAUUCCGAAGCCGAACAGUUGCAAUCCAACGCGACUGGUACGGGUGUGCGGGAGGAACGCGAUGGUAAAGAGUUGGAUUUAGUGUGCAUGCAGAAAUCGGCCUGUAUAUUCGAGAUAGACGAUAUUGCCGAUUUGGAUUUGCUGUCGUUCGAAAAAGAACCCGAAAUUGCACCAGAUGGUUUCUAUGUGGCCAACCUACAGACGAUGCCCGGCAUUGCAACGGACGUGUUAGAUAACGUGCGUCAGUUUCAGCUGUUCACGCAGGUUUGGCGAGCCAAGCUACCGUACACCUUGCAGCUUGUCACGACAAGAAAUCUCAACCAGCGCUUCCAAGGCUUACUGAAGCUGAUCUAUUACAAGCUACGAUCGAUGCGACCAUGCGUUUUGUGCGAUCUGCGCUACAAGCUGGACUUUCCCGAAACGGACGAAAUACAGAUCGUCAUGUCGGGCAUGACGCUUGGGCUCGGGGACGGUACAAGCAGGCUGAAGCGAAAGUGCAGCACACAAAACCAUCAAACACCGGGACCUUCGCCAUCUGUGCAUGGUAGCACAGCUAGGGAACACACAGUACCAAUUAGAAGUAGCAACGAUGACGAAAUGAUGUUUUCUUUGGAUGAAGAUUCGAUGGAUACAUCAGGGCCACCGUCGGUCCCGGCAGCAGCCCCUCCGGUACCGUCAAUUGUAAAAAGUUUAAAAACUCGUGGUACAAAAUCAAUGACCUCUUCGUAUCACAGCAAAAUUAACCGUUCAACUAAAAUGAUACCCUUAAAGGAUGGUUACGGUGUGGAUAUUACAACGCUAAGCUACAUUCCCGGUGGAAAGAUCGAAAAGUAUCUCGGGAAUCUCAACUUUUUCUUCAUCCGCGAAUGUACCUCCAUCCGCGAGACGGGCGGAAUUUGUGGGUUUGUGCAUAGCUUCAUUUCGGAAGUGCUGUCCAUCGUACGGGCGCACGUAACAUCCCUUGGCGGUAAUGCAAUGAUUGCGUUCUAUCUGAACGAUCUAACGCUUCUGGAUAAUGUGCACAAGAAUCAGGGCCAAUGUCUCAUCAGCGUUGGUGGCGACGUGGUUUUCGUAUCGUUCCACAAGGAUGAUAAAUGAACGUUUUGUUAAAUCAGACAAUGUCAAUGCAUCCUAACACACUACUUUCACCAUGCGUCCAUGGAGCGAUGGAACGCGCUCGUCAGUCCUCCCACGUACGCAGCAAAAUUAAAAGGGGAAAAUCCAAAAUUAAAUGGUUUUUAACAAUUUGGAAAGCUGAUCGUAAUAAUUAGGCAAAAAGGUUAGGUUUUUCUGGUCAGCGGUUUCGUCGGUUGCACGGAUCAAAACAAGUCUUCACACUAGUAACCACGUUUUUGGUGGCAUGUAGCAUCGAGUUUGUGCUUAUAGCUUGCAUUUUAUUGAUUGUCUUUUUGUCUUACAACAUAAUCUAAAAUCCUCGCUACGGUCCGAGUGAGAAAUAGGAAGGCGGGGGUGAUCACGUUGUUGGAUAGUUGGAUGCCUCCGGGUGCGCGCGCUACUAAUUCUAUCAUCUCUACCACUAUCCCUUUAAAAAGCGUUGCGAAGCGCGAUCGAGUGUUGAUUCUUAUUAUUUAGUUUAUAUUGCUAACUCAAGUAUAAAUAUAGAUUCGAUUUGAUUAAAAACAAUAAUAACUGUUACAAUCUGUUCUCUAAAACAAGUGUGGAAUGUCGAUCGUUUU